AUGGAAUCGGUUGUAGCCACAGUCAGUGGAUACCACGGAUCCGAGCGGUUCAAGCUCAUCAAACUGAUAUCUCAUACUGGCGCAAGCUAUGUCGGUGCUAUGAAUCAAUCCACGACACAUUUGGUUUGUUGGAAAUUUAACGGGAGGAAAUACGAGCUUGCGAGGAAGUUCAAGAUGGUUAUAGUUAACCAUCGAUGGGUUGAAGAUUGUAUAAAAGAAGGAAGACGUGUACCAGAGUAUCCAUAUCUUUCCCGAUGCGGGCAGGAAGUUGGGCCCUUACUGUUGGAUAUUCCACUUGUUGCUGCUAAAGCAAGGCUUUUGCAUCGGCAAUCCAAUGUAUGCGUCAAGUUUAAAGAACCUGUGAUAGACAUUGACUAUGAAGAGAUUGACCAUGCUGAUUGGAUAGAUUCUAGUUUGUUAAAUAAGAAGAGGAGCAUCACUCCUUCAGCUGAACCUUCUCGCAAAAGCCGUAGGCUGGUGAAAAGGAGCACAACUAGGGAUAUUUUGAAGUCUUUUUCAGAUUCUGAGCAAGAGUGCCACCCAAAACCAUUUCGUCACCAGCAGAAUGAGAUUGAAGCUCCAUCUGAGAAUUCUGAUGGUGGGAGGAAUGAAAGUAUAUCGAGGGUCAGGGAAGAGUCUGAUAGUAGGUGUUAUAAUCACGAGGCAAACAGAAUAGAGGGAAUGGGAGUGGUUGAAGAGUUUACAAAUUUGAAUGGCAUUCUUGCUUUCGAAGAUUCAAGUUUAGGUAUUGCGGGUUCUUUGUCUUCCCUGGCUUCAAGGCGAAAGAUUUCGACAUGUCCAUUGUGCAAGGCCAGUUUUGCGAGAAUUACAAAGGCUUCAAGGCGAAAGAUUUCGACAUGUCCAUUGUGCAAGGCCAGUUUUGCGAGAAUUACAAAGGUUGAUGAUGCAGUCUCUUCUGAUCAAAAAAUAUAUUCGCAAACUAUUCCGCAUGACUCAUUAAACAUUGAUGUAUACCUUCUUCCCAAUGGGGAAUCCACUCUUGGUCCACAGCACCAGUCUGCUGUCAGUGCUCUUGUCGGGAGCCUCAGGAUCUUCUCAUUAGAUGCCAUCUCUGCCAGAGUCGAUGUGUUCAUUCCUACUGCUUGGAUCCUCCAUUGUUUCCAUGGAUAUGUGCUCAUUGCAAGGAUCUCCAAGUGCUUUACCAUCAUGUCCGCUGGUUUUAACUGA